UUGGCUCCAGAGUGCAGAGAUGGCGAGGAUUUUUUCGAUGUGUUUGGCCUUAAGCAGCAUAGCUUGGCAGUAUCAAGAGACGACUGGUCAACAGGUUCUCCCGCUAGGUAUCUUUAGCUUUUUCGGACAAACCGCCAGACAAUCCCCUGCGCCUACUCUGCUGACCGCCGCUCCCAGUUCCAGCGCCCAGGCAGACACGCCAGCAUUAACCCGCAAGUUGGUGGACGUCGGCAGUCCCGCUGAUGUCACAUUUGAAAUGUCCUGCGCUGGAUCCACCUCCAGGGCCGCCCUCAGCUGCCACUGUGCCGGUAUUGGGCACCGCUGUGCCGACUCGGCAUCGAUUUGUAACGCUAACGGGAAAUGUAUCUGUGAUCCUUCACUGUCUUAUCAGGAUGGCUCUAAAUGUGUACGUUAUCCCACAACUACCGCAACAACUACGACAACUUGCCCUAGCGCAAUAACCUGCCCGAGUACCACGUCGUGUCCGGUGUGUUCUGCAACGACCCCGGCAUGUCCAACGACACCUACUUGUCCAACGGUGCCCACCACCACCAGUUCCACCACUACCACCACGAUGACGACGACCACAACGACACCGCUGGACACGAGAUGCGCUACUUCAGGCAUUCUGUCUGGCGGCGGCAAGUGCGGGGGCUGCGUUCAACUCACGCUUGCCACUACAACCACUUUACAAUUGGAUGCAGGUAGCACCAGUAUGGGUUUUUGUUUGUACGAGAUCGUCGGACCACCUGGGAGCGCUUUGACACUCACCAGAACCAGUAACACUUUGGUCUCCGGUCAGGCUCACAUCAUCAUAAAUGGGAACGCAUAUUCCUCCUCCACUGGCAUUCCUUACCCUGCCGUUCCACCCACAAUAUCUCUUCCUGCCAGCAGCGCGGGGGUUCUCCUCAUCGGCAAUCCGAAUUUAGGCAGUGUGAUCUUUACCGUUUCGGCAGCCCCCGCAACAGUAUAGCCCAUGGAUACUAUCCAAACGAGUGUCAAAUUCAGACAAAAUUUCCCAAAUACCGGGCCGCUUGGAGGACACCGUCCGCGUUAUGUUCAGUUAUAACCAUUAACCAGUCAGCAUCAUUUGCAAGACAUACAGCAGCCGGGCGCUCGACACACACUUGGAAAAUAUUUUGUGUCUUACAACUGCAUUUUGUUAAAGCGCGAUGUUCGCGGCUACAUACAAAGUCAUGGUCAGACAUUCUAGAAGUCUUUCAAAACUCUGGGUUUCUUUAAAUUUUCUAAUCUGUCACUUUAAGCUUUCGAAACUGUCAGU